GUAGUCCGCGAGCCGCGCAAAGUCUCGCCGCAUCAUCUCACACAUCACAUUCGCAGCGGCCGUCAUUUCUCGGUGGUACCUUUGCGAGUGAUGUUGAUGGUUCGACGUUACAGUUCCAGCGACGUGGGUUUCUGUUAAAACUGUGUGUGCAAAGUUCGUCGCCUUCGUUGCAGUUAUUUCAGAAAAACCGGCCGGACACCGAAGGCUUCAGCAGGCCUUCGUUCUGCCGCUUAGUGUAUGUGAAGUGAAGAAAUCCACGCUUGUGUCGCAUAAGCUGACCGGCGCUCGGCUGCGGGGGCAUCGCAAACUGGCCGAUAGUGGCCAUCUCCGUACAGGCUCGAGACCAGCUUUCGCGCCGAGGUGUGCGGAGGCAGACUGGGCAGCGACAACCGGCUGAAAAAAAAGCUCGAAGACGACUGCGAAGAAAAGUGUUUUUAAUUGCGGCAAGAAAAGUGGAAUUUUGAAAGUUUUUGUUAGCGUGAUUUUCGAUUUUCGUUAUGUGAGCGAAUUGAUUUGACUGAAAAGUAAAAUUGUUGCUCGAUGUUUAUGCUGUUGGUGGAUUAUUCGCUGUGUUGCGUGGAAAAUUUGGAAUCAAAACAGUGAAGAAGGUGCACAGCAAGAAGAGAAAACCGUCUGUGGUUUUUAACGACGAUCGAUUUGUAACAACCUGAUAACGACGUGCUGAUUGCGGUUUUCUGUUGACCCGGAGAAACUAGAAUUUGCGUGGCGACAAUCUGCUGUGUUUUGGUUGUGGACACGUACCGUGACAGUCCGAACGAAGCUGACAAACCGUACCGCUCCAUCGAGGCGGUGUACUUCGAGCCAAACUCGCCGGAAUUGUUCCAUUAAUAAAUAUUAGCAACAAAUAUCAGCUUCCAGUGGACGACGACGAACGGAGGAGUGAUGGACGUCUCAGCCCCACAGUUUCUGUCUCUGUGUUACGGGUUUCGAUCUCGGGUGCACGCAAAAAAAAAAAACGCGAAGCUAACUGUAAAUUGUAUACUAUUUUCAACGGCGUGCGUAAGCCCUGGGACGGUCAAGAGGCGUCAAACGUCGAUACACGGGCGUAGACGUGAGACCCGCGAGGCGCGCUGAAUAAAAAAGAAAAGCAUUGAAUAAAACGGAAUUUGAGAGGACGGUUUAACAUUUUGCUUCUUUCUCUUCUUAUUUCUUUUGCUAUCUCCGUUACGUAACCGAGGAGGAAUAUUUCGCCCAUUUGACCCACGAACGGAUGGGUGGAUUUUGUGGCCAGCAGCCGGGGACAAUAGCUGCAGUAACUUUGACUACUUCGAGUAUUAAGUUAUUUUUGUUUCGAUGUGCUUUUCACGUUUUUUUAGUAUAUUAGAAUCUCUUGUUUUGUAUCUUCCAAAUUGUAAGAAACGUUUUAGUUUAGCUAUAGGAUUUGUUUUCAUUGUUUCGCAUUUUGAUUUACAAUUUAAAUUGGAUGUAUCGGAGGGAUUUCACGUUAAUUCACUCAACCGUUGGCAGUAUCCUCGAAGAUUUCAGUGAAGCUCUGUGUGCCAUCGCUGAUUUAAGCAGCUUUUCUCUGAGAUCUAAACAGUGUUGCCAACUCCACAGUCGAGUUCACGUGAAAUCUCUCAUUGACAACUUUUCCUCUCACGAGUGACACGCAAGCAGCAACGAUUUUAAAGGUAAUCGCCUAACAAAUAUUCUGAAGUGUUGCUAAUCCAAUUUUCUUGGCUAUUUAUUUCAGCUCGUUUAAUCUCUCUUUACAGCUGCCAAGUGUUUUUCUAUUGUUGCUAGUUUGCCAUUAACUCAUUGAAAUCCACCUGUUGAAAAAAUGUUUAGUUCUUUUCACUAACCUUGAAAUAUUUCUCUCCCAACUGCUGCUUCGGAUGAUCGGCUAAAGGUGUGGUUCUCCAAUCGCCGCGCGAAAUGGCGUCGCGAGGAGAAACUGCGAUCGCAGAAACGUCUGAUCAACCAGGUUGGAUCCAGUGGGUCCCAACCGGGGAUGGCUUCGACCAUUUGUUCACCGUCAGCAACGAAGAUUUACAACUCCGAAUAUGAUAACCCUUAUGCGGCGGCAGCCGCUGCCUCGCAGCCUACGUCCGACUGUUACAGUUCGAUAUCUAACUCCGUUGGGCUGAUGGCCGGUCAGCCGCCGCGGGACAACUACCAAUAUCUGCUAUCCGAUUCGCUGCAUUCUCUGAGUAUGCCUUACUCGUUUCACCAUCGCUUGCCGUGUAGUUCACCGUCGAGUGUUCAGCCGAUGGAUCUAAACACUCACUCAGCCGCUUCGGCGGCUGCUGCAGCAGCUGCGGCGUCCGCCUACAGCCAAUCGAUCAGCAUGACAGAUCUAUCGCAGAUGACCCCGUCCAGUGCGGCGGCGGCGGCUGCUGCAGGUCUUCCGCCGCCGCCGCGACAUCUUCCAAUAAUCACCAGCUCGAUAGCCGCUAAUGCUGCGGCGGCUAGCAAUGACAUCGAUUCUGCCGGACCCGGUGGUGGUGGGCACUACAUAACGAGGCUCGAAUAGUCAUUAAGUCAGCCGCUGCCGUUGACCCACCAUCAACAUCAUCCCCACCACCACCACCACCAACAGCAGCAGCAGCAGCAACAACAACCCUUACCACCGUCACAGAACAUCCCGCCUUCUUUGUCACCACAAAUUGCGUCCUCGGCGGCUCAUCAACCCUUAUCGGCGGUAGAAAUGUCAAACGCGAGCCAACAGCAGCAGCAGCAGCACCAGCAACAACAGCCGCCGAGCGAUAUGGAGUGAUAGAAAUCAUCUUAGUAAACCGAUGGAAUAAAUUUUCUUUGAUGAAUGAGAAAACAAAAAGUUGCUCUCGACUGACGGUUGUUUCAUAAAAUGUGAUAUUGUAAUACGUUAAUUAGUACUCGUUCUUAUAGAAACAAACGAACUCAUUACAGAUGUGUAGUUUCUCGGGUUGUAAAUCCGACAAAAUGAUGUAGUAGCAUUACAAAUGUAUGGUUUUUAUGCGCAUGUUAUAGCUAGACCCCGAAGUUUUGAACAUGAUUCACAAAUCUACUAGUAGACCUAUACGGUGAGGAGCUGAAGAAAGAAAUGCGGAACAAUUCCGCGGAAACAGCUGCGCUGCCUAAGCAAGCCAGCAGUCACGGCCGCUAGAGAAUCACAACUUAAUAAUAACAUACAUGUAAAAGUAAAACAAACCACAAAGUUCAUUCUAUGAAGGAAGAUGUGAAAAUAAUACAAUAUUAAACCAAAAUGAAAUACAACACAGAAACCGGAAACGAAUUUUGACAAAUAAAAUGCUAUCGCGAAAGCGUAAAAGAUAUGUGGUUAACCGCACAGAAGAAAGUGAAUACAUACACACACACAGACGCAGCGGAAACCGUGUUUUCAUUCAUUAUUGUUUGGCUCGCUGUUUUGUCGCUUUUAUUUUGGUUUUCGCGCACGGCCGCACGUCUGCGCCAGAGUUUGACAGAUGGCUCAAGCGUCGCCGCGCGUGCUCGCGCCUCCCAUAGACGCCGAUGCCUUACCUAAAGUGUGGUUUAAUUUGCUUUUUUUCAGGAAGGUAAACGCCGAUUAUUGUCGCACCCCAUUUCUGGCCGUUCAGGACCAAACAGACGCGUGGCGUUGAUGGUUCGGAUUCGGAUUAGUCGAAAUGUGACAAUGUCUGCAACUGUACUUUAAUAACAUCUCACGCGCGGCAAUGAAUCAUUCCAUUUGACCUGCCAUUUACACACUCAACCAGUCCAACCAUGUCAAGCAGCUCAAGUGGACCCCAACCGGCGGCGUCCAGCUCUGCUUCAACCCACACUGCCAUCGAAGUGACACGCGGUGGACCGCUAGCGUCGACACUAAGCCGUCAGCAACAGCCGCAACAUCAUCACCCGAUCGUUCCCGGAUCGCUGAAUGUUGUCGCCGUUGCCGGGCUGGGAAAUCCGCUCGGACCGACGGGAGGAAAUUUCCACCCGCCACCGGCGGUCAUCGUUCUACCGGCGGAAGCUGUCAGUGGAAACAGUGCCAGUGGCUUAAGUGGUGGCUGUGGGGCCACGAGAAAUAUUAUCUCCAGUCCGAUCCAAGCUGGCGCUGGACCCUCCAAGGGGUUGCUGAACGGACCCGGACAGAACAAUUGUUUUCUGAAUUGUGCCGUUCAGGUUCUUUGGCAUCUGGACGCCUUUCGACGAUCGUUCCGGCAGCUCCAGAAUCACGUCUGCGGUGGGCAGGACUGUAUAUUCUGCGCCCUCAAGGAACUCUUCUCCCAACUGCAAACCAGCUCGGAGCCUGCACUUUGCCCGGAACCGUUGCGGCGUGCUCUGGCCAGUGGACCACUGGCCGGUCGUCGCUUCCCACUCGGCUGUCUCGGUGAUGCCGCCGAAUGCUUUGAACUCCUGUUGCAUCGGGUCCAUCAGCAUCUAUCUCCUGCGGAUGGGGACAGCUGCGAGACGCCGCAGUGCGUCGCCCAUCAGCGGUUCGCCAUGCGCGUCGUCGAACAGAGCGUAUGCGAAUGUGGUGCCAACUCCGAGCAGCUUCCGUUCACACAGAUGGUGCACUACGUGUCGGCCUCGGCACUCAACUCACAGAGCAGCCUCUCGGCGCAGAACCAGCAAAACAUCACCUUCGGGCAGCUGCUGCGCAACGCCGGCAACAUGGGCGACAUUCGGGACUGUCCGAACGCUUGCGGAGCGAAGAUUGGCAUUCGUCGAGCCCUACUCAACCGUCCCGAUGUCGUCUCGAUUGGUGUGGUGUGGGACUCGGAGCGGCCAGCCGCCGAUCAGGUGCAUUCGGUGCUGAAAGCCGUUGGAACGUCACUUCGGCUGUGCGACGUCUUCCACCAGGUCUCCGAUCAGCGUUGGGCUCAAACGGUCAGCCACGAACUGGUCGGUGUGGUGUCCUACUACGGCAAGCACUACACAACCUUCUUCUUCCAUACCAAGCUUCGCGUUUGGGUUUACUUCGAUGAUGCCAACGUUAAGGAGGUCGGCCCCAGCUGGGAAGGAGUAGUGGACAAAUGUUCUCGUGGUCGAUAUCAACCGCUACUUUUGCUAUACGCCCUGCCCCAGCCACAGCCGCAACCACAGCAGGUCACGCCCCAGGAACUUACUGCUCUGCAGCAAGCUCAGCAUCGCCGCGCUGUUACACCGAGCCCCGAAAAAUCUGCAAUGGGUUCACAAACUCGCAGAGCCAUCACUCCAACACCAAACCGCACCGUGUCCGUGUGCGACUACCAGAAUCUUAGUGUUAUCCAAAGCAAAAUAUUCCCCAACGAAGAGAAAGAAAACUACAUCAGCAGAAAAGCCGUCCAGAAUGUGCUCCAAGCACAACAGUAUCAGAAUCUCUCCGUCAUCCAGGACAAAAUCUUCCAACAGCAGCAGCAGCAAGAUACCAAGGAUGAUCAAGUCGGCUACAUCUCCAAGAACGCGCUCAACGCGCAAAUGCGUAAGCAGCCACUGAAUCUGCACCGAAGUCUGAGUGCCGAAUCGGGACAAGUAUCUCCUCCGUCUUCCUCGACAUCUUCUCCCGAUGGUCUCUCAAUACCAGAGCACUUAAAUCAACCCCGACGACGGGACUCAGGCAACUGGAGCGGAGACCGGAAUUCCGCAUCUUCCUCAUCCUCCACAACACUCGAUAACCCGUACCUCUACCUGGUCGGUAAACGAAACGGAAGCGUCCCAGCCAGUCCAACACGACAGGGCCAAUUCUACGACGCCGGUUACGAUUCAUACUCGCUUUCAUCAACCGAUUCCUUCCCCCCGAAGCACGCCGCCAACGGAAACAACAUCCACCUGGCCAAGAUCCCCGAAUCCGUUGUGCUCAGUGGUGAUUGCGAAAAACUUUGCAUGGAAGCGGAUCAACUGCUGGAGAAAUCUCGAAUCCUCGAGGAAGCGCACGAUCUGGAAACCGCGCUGGUGCUAUGCAAUGCCGCUGCCAGUAAGGCACGAGCAGCCAUGGACGCACCCUACAGCAACCCGCACACGAUGACGUUCGCACGAAUGAAGCACAACACUUGCGUAAUGCGUGCACGCUCCCUCCACAGGCGAAUCCUGAUCGAGAAGGGUGGAGAGAUUAUUAAAGAGCAACAGCAACAGCAACAACAGCUAGCUUAUAAUCUAGCCGGAAUAAGCGCCGGUGGAAUCGCUCACCGAAGACAGAAUAGUAAGGAAAAACUCCUGAGUAACGGUCGACAGAACAGCAAAGAAAUGCUGCACGAUGCAACCGGUUCAGCAGCCACUCGUAACUCACCCUCUAAGAAUAUCGAAAUCUACGCAACUCUACCGAAAAAGAAAGUCACCCUAAAGCUGGUUGAAGCGGAGAAUAUCGAAGAGGUGAUCAAUGGAACAGUCGAUGUGAAACCGGAGCGCGAGAGUCGCUCGCUGUUUGGUCGAAGCAAAGAUUCCAAGGAAAAACGAAGCCGCAGUGAGGAUAGAAACAAAGUCAAUCGUGAUUUCCAGGUACCCGAUCCGGGUCUGGUGAACGCGAAAGAUACUCUGAAGAAGCACAAGGAGGAGAAAGAAUCCGAUAAAAAAGAAAAAGAUGGUUCCUCGAAAGGGGGAAAGAAGCAGCACAAGAUUCGCCGGAAACUGCUGAUGGGUGGAUUGAUCCGAAGGAAGAAUCGUUCGAUGCCGGAUCUGACCGAAGGCGCUGGAGCGGCCGCGGAUGAGCAAUCCAGCAGCCCGACAGCACCAAUCAAACAGAUGGUUUCCAUCGACGACAGUACGGUUGGACUGAGCCUGGCCAAGGAGGCAGCCAACAGUGGGUACCUUUCCGAGGGACACUUCGAUUGUCAGGUAUCAAAUACGAAUCCCAAUUUGGAACGCAGCAAGCUCAUGCGCAAGAGCUUCCACGGAAGCGGCAAGACGUUGUCCAUCCCUAAAGUGCCACCGCCUCCGCCAGUUCGAUUAGGUUCUUCCUUGACGGGCCCGCACCAACAACAGCAGCAACCCCCAGCGCUGCAAAUGCUACAAGUGCAAAAGCUUCCACUGAACGGGACCAACCUUCGACAUCUGGAGUACCAAGAAAGUCAUCCACCUGCAUCCCCGCUGGAACCAUAUCAUCGAGCGAAUCUAUCCAACAUAUCAACGAUGAGCUCGAACACCAGCAUGAGCGAAGAUUCAUGCCAGACGAUCAUCACUACCUGCGCCGUGGUUCACCAAGAGCAGUCUCCGCUGAAACCCCAAGAUCAGUACCCCCAGAGCACACCAUCAUCAGCUUCCGUCGAUGAAGUUGACACGAUUGUCAAAUACAACAGCAACAGUAGCAACAACAAUUCCCAACCCAAUGGACAACCAGCUGGCAGCAUGGAGCUGCCACCGUAUCCCAGCCCACCUUCGACCACGUGCCAUUCGCGCCAGGCUAGCGAAGAUUUCCCGCCACCUCCACCGGCAAUCGACUUUGAACCGCUUAACGAGCAGCUAAGUGAAAUUCAAAGUCUUCAACAACACCAGGGAAAGGGUCCCCAAGUGGCGCCUUCGCACCAUCAACCCUCGGUUCAGAAUACAACCAGCAUUUUGGCACAGCUACAAUCCAAACAGCAGCAGCUGGUGAUGAUGAAUAAGUUGCGAGAACAGCAACAACAACAACAACAAAAUAGUAACAACAACAACAACCCAAUCAGUGCGAGUGAAAUUCUCAACGAAACGACUCGAUCGGAGAUUUGGUUGAAGGAAUUGCAGGCUAAACAAAUUGCUCUCAAGCAACAACAGCAACAGCAGAAUCAGCAGACUGCGCACGUGCAACAACAGCAGCAACAGCAACAUCAGAUGAUGUCGUCCUCCGGUGCUAAUGACCAGCGAAGUGUCCGAGAUCUUGCCAGCCGGUUUGAGCAAAUCAAACUGGCAGCACCAAUGCAGCAGCAGCAGCAACAACAGCAGCAGAAUCCACCACCAACUGUUACGAUUCGACCCUACUCCAGUCAGGAGCUACUGAACGGCUCUGUCAAGCAGUCAUCGCAACAACCGUCCCAACCAGCCAACGUACGCACGGGUAUGAGUGGUCUCCUGACGGAGCAGAAACUGAAACCCUUCAGUACAGCUAGCCCCGUGAUGGUCUCUCAAUCGUCUGCCCCCGUCGACGAUUUCGCCGGUGUCGACGAAGUUGAUUGCGCUAUGGCAUACAAAAUGCUUCCGAAACCACGGUAUGACAUUGCGCAAGCUCAGAUACAGGAGGAAAUUCGCGAAGUCGAGAUGCUCAACCAAGUGGUGCAGCAAACAUUGAACAACACCGGCUCCUGUGCACCUACAGCGCCAGCUCCAUCAGUCGGCGCCAAGCGAACCAAGAAGAAGAGUGUCAGCUUCUGCGAUCAGGUAAUCCUGGUUGCCACAGCCGAUCAGGAUGAGGAUGAUGAAUUCAUUCCCAACCCAAUUCUGGAGCGAGUUCUGCGUACGGCCGGUACCGGUGGCUCAGACGGUGAAGAGCCCUCCCGACAAGGACAAAUUUCAUCGCCCCAACCGGCGACUACGACUUUGUCGACAAGUAUCACUUAUCACCCAAUCAAGUCACAAUCCGGUGCUUCCGGUCAGUAUUCACUGGCUGCCGACAUGCACAAACAGAACAUGGAAAUUCAGCGACAGUUGCAGCAGCAACAACAACAAUACUACCAGCCAUCGGUUCAUGUUCAACCAAAUGAUGGUUAUCAACAGUAUUCCGCUAUUCCUAGCAACGCAGCUAUUUUCAAAAAUCAAGCUUUCCAACAGCAGUCGCAGCAGCAGCAGCAACAACAACUGCAGAACCCACCUACUGUGAGCACAAUGUACAACGAAUCUCCGGUUCAGAAAGCAAUGAUCUAUCAGCCACCUCCGGCACCUCAACAACAAUAUCUGCUCCAGCAGAAGCAGCGCCUGUACGACGACUCCAGCAGCGAGCACAGCUACGACAUGCGAUUGAGUGCUCCUAAUCCACCCGCUCCGAAUGGUUACGUUCAAUCGCCAUACAUGUCCGUCCCGUGUCCCAUCGACCAGGGCUUCCAAACCGUUUCGGCAUCACCGACUAUUACAACCAAUACAACCGCAGUGAUGAAUGGCAGCAGCCCCAAUCCUGCACUUCCGCUGGGGAUCCGCCAGAAUCUUGCUUCGAUGAUGCAGCUAACCCACGGACAGAACGGAUCGGUUUUGCGACAGCAACAGCACUCUCCUCUCGUGAUGCCUCCCCAAGUGCAGCAGCAGCCUACCGCGGCACCAGUCUCUAGUGUCUACCAGAAACCACCAAUGCCGAUGGCCUACCAACAGCCGCAACCACAACCACAGCAACAGUACAAUCCUAACCCUAACGCUUAUAACUCUUACAGCAUCCAACAACAACCCCACCAACAAUCACCCUACCAAAGGGUACCAAUGCCCCACUACCAGCCGGAUUCACCCUAUCACGAUCUCCCCCUGCCACAGCAGCAGCAGCAGCAACUGUACUUACAACCUCCCCAACCCCAACAACAACAAACCAAACCCGCACAGAAAAAGGUCAGUUUCGAACCGGGGACCAAAGGCGGAUCCGAUUGUCCCCCCUCUCCUCAGCCUCAACCAACCACCAACGGUUCCGAUCCUAACCAACAACAGCAGCAGCAGCAGGUCGGUCUUCCCGUAACGCGAGUGGCAAUCGCUACCUACAACACUAACGCGAUCGUCAAAGCCUCUGCCAAGGCAGUGCAGUGCAAUUUGUGUCGCAAGAAGCACUGCAUCCUGCCGGCCAUGUACUGUAACGAUUGCGAGUUCUACAUGAGUCGCUUUCAGGUUCCGGUUCGGCGGUGAUUCGCGAGCUUAGUAAUCCCAGCAGAGCUUCAAGUGCAAAUUAGUCGGUUAGGUUAAAAACUCUGCUGGAAAGAGGAAACAAAAAAAUGAUGUGCCUUUUGACGGACGCCUCAAUCGGACGCCGUUUUACGACCUGCUGCUGUGAGUACGAUAUGCCUUAUAGGAGUAUUAGCGUUUAGGUUUUUAGUGAGUUUUGUUUUAGAUUUUUUUUUUGUUUUCCGUAUUCGCGGUUAGAAACCGUCUGCAGAGCAGACCGUACGGAUGCGAGGGGUUGAUUUCUUUUGAAAAGUCAAGUCAAUCGUUUCGCAACCCGUGAAAGUGCAUGCGCUGUUGCUUCCGUUGGGGAGGUCCAGUCCCUCCUGUUGAAUGUGAUAUCGAUUCGUUUUAUUCCCGUUAGUUGUGCUAGGAAUCAAUCAGAAGUACGUCCAUUAGUAGUUUAAGGUCUAUUUUUACCGCUGUUGCGCCCACAUUUCCGACUCGUACAGUGUCUGUUAUGCGGAGAUAUUUUUCUACGAAAAUGCAUUUCAGUGAUUUUAACGUAUAUGAACUAGACUUAAGAGACCAAGUGAACAAGCUCCAACUUCGUCGACAUUCCAAUUGUAUCAAGUAUUAGUUAAUAUAUGUGCCUAAGUUAAUAUUUGUGCAGCAUUCCGGCUAGAUGAUAAUCAAACUUCUGUAAGAAGUUUAUGUAAUAUUAACGAUGGGAUCGCAUACGUAAGUAUUACUUGAAGAAAGAUGAAAACAUACAUCGAAACAGGUGAGAUUUGUUUCUAAUCUCCUCGUUUUAGUUUUUACUGCUAGCUCUAGUUAAGUUUAUUCUGCGUCUUCUAUCAUAUGCAUAUCUUAUGUUAAUUUUUAAUGUGCUUCUUUCUACUGUAUGUUUAAUACUCAAACUUUUACAUGAUUUAUAACGUAUAUUUCAAAAAAAAAGGAUGAACGAAAUAAUGAAUAAAUUUUCUUUAUU